CAAACCACGUAUUGACGUCUUCAGUUGGAAACAUUUAGCCGUCAAAAAGAAGGGCAGACAACCUAGUAUCGGACUUAGAACCGUCAAGUUAGAUAAAAUGAAUAAAGUGGGCGGAAUCCGGGGAUUGGUUUGUAUUUUGUAAGUCUGUGUUUGCAAUUGCAUGCUCAACACAUCGACUAAAAACCCCAAAUUGGGCGUGGUGAGUUGUAAGCGUUCUGGUUGCUAUCUGGGUGUUUUCCUAUCCGGGCUAUAAAUUUGAGGGCGUAUUGGUUUCAGUGCACAUACUUCGAGCAACAGAGACGGAUACAAAGUUGUUGCCUUUUUUUUAGGGUUUUGUACUGAGAGAAUGAAGAUGGUUCUUGCGGACAUUCACAUUGAGGCGCAACUUAUUGAGACUGGAAAUAGCCUUCUCAACCCUCCUUCAUCCAUUGUUGAGCUUCUCUCUCUUCUUGAUAAAGCUGAACACUUGCUCUCAAAUGUGGAUCAAGCACCCUCGAGAGCAACACAAGAUGCAAUGCUACCGAUGAUGAAGGCGUUAGUUAGCAAUGAUAUUUUAAGGCACUCAGACAUGGAUGUAAAGGUCUCAGUUGCAGAUUGUAUUAGUGAGAUCACUAGAAUAACUGCCCCCGAUGCUCCCUAUGAUGAUGACCUGAUGAAGGAGUGCUUUCAGCUAUCAGUGGCAGCCCUUGAAAACCUAUCCCUUGUGUCGGGUCGCUGUUAUACGAAAGCGAUCUCAAUUCUUGAUACAUUGGCAAGGUGCAGGUCAUGCUUGGUAAUGUUGGACCUGGAGUGUGAUUCGUUGAUCAUCAAAAUGUUCCAGAUUUUUUUGAAAGUCAUCAGGUCCAAUCAUCCGUAUGUUGUUUUUAUGUCUAUGGAGGCCGUAAUGACCGUGGUCAUUGAUGAAAGUGAAGAAGUCUCUGCGGAUCUUCUCAAUCCUCUUUUAGCUAGUGUAAGAAAAGAAAAUCAGAGUGUCUCUCCGAUGUCAUGGAAGCUUGGGGAGAAAGUUCUUGUCAGCUGUGCUUCUAAGCUACAACCAUACCUUAAGGAUGCAGUGCAGUCUAUUGGCAUUGCUUUGGAUGAAUAUGCUCCUAUUGUUGCUGCCAUUUGUGAAAACAAAACUAAUACUCUUGAUAAUGACAAUGGAAGUGGGUAUGUGGUACAUCUGGAAGAAUGUAGGCUGGUAAAUGGGGAAGGUUCAAUUGAGCUACCUGAGAAAAUGCUCCAGGAGGAACACAGGCUGGUAAAUGGGGAAGGUUCGAUUGAGCCACCUGAGGUGAAAGAGGAACUCUCACCAGAUACUGCGUCGAAAAGUGAGUCAGAGAAUGUUCCAUUUAAAAGGGGCCGGAAGCCUAAUUCUUUUCUGAACCCUGAGGAAGGCUAUGAUUAUUCGUGGAUCUUUAAGGAUAAAAAAACUCCAAAAGCACCAGGUUGUGUAAAGUCUCGUGAUAAGGGAAGUGAUCAUUCAACUUCUAAAACCCCAGUCUCCGAGAACAUAGAUUUGACUUCAAGACAUGAUAGAGGGUCUAAUCCUAAGGGAUACACAUCCAAAGUAAGUGAAGGCAAUCAAGGCAUAGAUGCUGCUUCCCCAAUCCCAGAACAUAGCCUUCCUGAUAAAAGUCGUCCCAAAAGAGGCCGGCCAAGGAAAAACAAGAAUCUGGUGAAUCAAGCGGUGGAUCCUAAUCCUUCAUCCGUGUUGAAGGGAGAGAACUUGGGGGCUGAGGAUGAGGAAAAAUGUUCACAAUCUACAGAUAACAGUAUGAAAAAGAAACCUGAAGAGAACAGUAAAUUGAAGAAUGUUGCCAUAGUGAAGAAAGUUGAGAUUCUAAGCAAACCUGAGAAAGAAACAGCACAGCUUUCAAUUUCAAAGGCAGGGGACAGCUCAUCAGUUCCAAAAGAUGUUUAUAGGAGUUUUGUUGAUUCUGUUUCAGAUAGAAAUACUACUGAAGCAUCUGGCAGUAAGAGCAUAUCUAAGUCUGGAGUCAAAUCUUCCAAUAAAGAUGGAAAUCAACUCGAGGAGACGUCUAAAUCUAAACUCAAGAGGAAGCGUAGCAUGAGGAAGGAAGUGGGUUCUGGAACUCCCUAUCAUGGGGACCAGCUGGUUGGUCGCACGAUAAAGGUUUUGUGGCCAAUGGACAAGGCGUUUUAUAAAGGCGUAGUUGAUUCCUAUGACCCUGUGAAAGAAAGACAUAAGGUGCUAUAUGCUGAUGGAGACAUAGAGACAUUGAAUCUUAGAAAGGAGAGCUGGGAAUUGGUCGGAGAUGAUGUGUUGCCACAUGAAGGGCGAGUGACUGAUCUUCCAAAAGUAGAUAAUCCACCAGAUAGAUUGGAAAAGCAAAAAGGAAAGAAAAGGAAGAUGGAAUCAGGAAAACAAAGAAGUGCCGAAAGGAGUGGAGCUACUGCUGGCACUUUCGCAGUCAAAGCUAGAAAAUAUAGUGGUAAAACUAAUAAAGCUGUUCAAGUUGAUACAUCCGUGGAAGCGGAAACUCGGACAGAUAACUUGAAAGAUGAUAAUAAAGAAUCAACAGGAAAAUUGAGCAUGGAAACUCCAGGGAUCAGUCUCAACAACAAGAAGACCAUAUUAGAGAAUCUGCCAUUAUCCAAAAAGUCCUAAAGGCAUCAGCAGUUGAUCUUGUGGUGAUUGUUAUCCAGUUGAAAUGAAAGAAUGUGUGCAUAGGGGCAAAAGGCAAAGUUAUGGAGAGAUUGGGAAGCUUGGCAUUUUUAGUGUCUGUUUCGUUCAGGUUAGUAUUAUUAACCUGUUAUUAUGGUUGCAUAUUUAGUCCACAGCACUGUACAUGCUGCUGUCUGUCUUGCGCCGGAUCCGAACUAUGGACGGUGCUCUGGUCUUGUUGAUAAUUGAUCUAGUCCAUGUUGGGAUAAUAACUUGAUAAUUGAUCAUCUAAUCACCAGUACCUAAUUAUAUUGAUGGAAAUCCUAAGGUUUGGGAAUGCUAA